AUGAUCACGUUGGAAAUAUGUCGGUUGGUGCUUUGUAUCCAGAUUGUCGCCGUGGCAGUGGAAUUGCCCAAGAAAUAUAUGCUAAAACACUGGCUUUCCGUCAGUAUCUUGCUUUUGCCCGUGAUGACGGUGGGGUGGCUUGUCGUGGGCACUUUUAUCUAUAUUGUCAUCCCAGGUUUCCAUUUCACCGAUGGCCUUCUUGUUAGUGCCUGUGUUACUGCCACUGACCCUGUACUUGCCGCUGCCGUCGUUGGUAAAGGUAAAUUCGCCGAGAGAGUGCCCGGCCAUUUGAGAAACUUAUUGACGGCCGAAUCAGGGUGUAACGACGGCAUGGCGUUCCCCUUCAUCUUCUUAUCCCUUAAUUUGAUCCUUUACUCAGGUCAAGCUGGUGAGAUCGUCAAGAACUGGUUCUGUCUCACCAUCCUUUGGGAGUGUGGCUUCGGCAUUGUCUUAGGUGUGGUCAUCGGCUACUCAAUGAGAAAACUCAUCUACUGGGCCGAAGUAUACAAAUUGAUCGACCGCCAGUCGUUCCUUGCCUUCUUCGUGUUCCUUGCGUUUGUCUGUGCCGGGUUCGGCUCCAUCCUCGGCAUUGACGACUUAUUGUGUUCUUUCGCUGCCGGCACCGCCUUCGGCUGGAACGGCGAAUUUGCUCGUAAAACCGAGGAACUGCACGUAUCCACAGUGAUCGACUUGUUGCUUAACUUGUCGUUCUUUGUCUAUUUCGGGGCCAUUGUCCCCUGGCAACUGUUUAACGACGGCAGUCUUGGCCUCAACGUGUGGCGGCUUAUCAUCAUUGCCAUCGUCAUCAUCUUCUUAAGACGUAUCCCUGCCGUAUUGGCAAUGAAACCAUUCACCCCCGAUAUAAAGCUGUGGCGGGAAGCGUUGUUUUGUGGCCACUUCGGUCCCAUCGGUGUCGGGGCCAUCUUUGCCGCCAUCCUCGCCCGUAAGGAUCUUGAAGCCCAUUACACUGAAGAAGAGACUCCCCUUGCCCAAUUGCCUAAUCCUGACUUCCCUCACUACCAGCUCAUCGCCUGUAUCUGGCCCAUCGUGUGUUUCAUUGUGGUGACGUCAAUCAUCGUCCACGGUUCCUCAGUGGCAGUGCUUGCCCUCGGCAAGAAAUUGAACCGCAUGGCCAUCACCAUGACCUUCACCACCACCAAUACUAAGGACGGGGGUAACUCCCACUGGAUGGAUAGACUUAAAGGGCUCGAACUGGUGGCGACUAACUUCUCGUUACACCGGGUUGACUCUCAGGGGAUGAGCAUUAUCGACGAAAAACAACACCCAGAAGAAGCUGCUCCCGACUACGACUAUGAUGCCGAAGGGGAAAUGCAAUUACCCGAGACUCUGGGGGUCAAAGUCAGACCCGCCGGUGGCGCUAAGCGUAAGCGGAAACAUAAGAAGAAGCGGAGACACCAUUUGGAAACUCAUGACGGCGAAGAGACGAUCACUCUGAGACGCAAACCGGAAGUACAAACGCUUCAAUUGGGUAGGCUGACCCCUGGAGACGCUCUGGAAGAAAGCCGCACUCAAGUCGACUCCGAGUCUACCCACGAAGCCGGUGACGCCGUCGUCGAUGAUAACCUCGCUCUGCCCGAUGGUGAAGUGCCGCAACUCCACAUUGACCCCGCCGACAUCCCACCGGAGAUCCACGACGCCCUCGAACACGACCAGGUGCCCCACCAGGCGUAUAAGGAAGGGGAUAACAUCAUCAUUGAGGACCAAGACGGCGAGAUCAUCGACCAAAUUAAAGUCGAUUCGCCUGAUCGUCCUCCUAGAUCGCCCCCGCCUCGCCACAGCCGCCGCCUGUCGCUAGCCUCGUUAACUCUGAACCUCACCCAGCUGAGGUCUCGUGACUCCAACGAUGUAUCUAUCCACUCGAUGGAUCUGCUUGUCCAGAAGAUGAGCCAUUAUUCGGCUGUUCCCUCAGACCUGGAGACGACAGUACCGGAACUGCCGUUGAAGCGGCUUGCUCUGCACACGAAACGGGCGUUUGUCCGCAAAGAUGACCCUCACCGUCGUCAAUUAUUCGCUCACCAGAUCGAUAACUUGAUCCUCAUUGAGAAUGAAGACGGUGAGAUUAUUCGUCGUUAUAGAGUCAACCGUCGUCCUCAGGUUAACCCCACCGGAGGCAGAGCCCGUCUGGGUACGUUCCGCCACGUGACCGACUGGGCUCUUGGUCGUAAAACUCAAGCUUCCGAUGAAGUCUGGACUGAAGAACUUCCCCCGCAAACGAUGACUCUGACCGACGGUAUUGCCGCUGACCCUCAUUUGGAAGCUAAGCUCAAUAAAGCGUUUGGUGGGUCGUCGACAGUACAGAGGCCUCCGCUGGCAGUGAGACGGGGUCUGGCGAUGCCCUCAUCCUCAGCAGCACCAGCAGCAGCAUCAAAUACUGUGCCUCCAGCCGAACGGGAAUCGCUGGUGGAACGACGCCGCCGCCUCCAGGCAUUGGGUGAACUCCCCACAAAGAAGACGCGUGACGAUGAAGAAGAAGAAUGA